AAUGCAUGAUUUGUCUGAUGUUUUUCCGAACUUUCUGGUGCAGAGAUUACAACUUUGAGAAGUUCUUUUUGCACGCUAUAAAGUGGAUGUUUAGGUUUUUGUGCCUUGUGUAUAACCUAGGGGAACUGGGUUUUGUACAGUUGAUGUUCACUUAUUGCAAAUAUUACAGAAUUACCUAUUUUCUCGUUGUCAAUGUGAACUGGUUUUGGUGUUACUUGAUUAAUUGUAGUGUCUCUUUUUAGUUUUUGAUCUUGUUUCUGUUUUGGUAUAUGGUAAGUUUUUCUGUUUAAAGUUGGAGCAUUUUUGAGCUUACUGUCUAUGUAAUUAUCCUCUGAGAUACCUGGCAAUGCCACAAAAGAAGCCUGCGCCUCUUUGCAUUUGUAAAUUAUUUAGCAAAAUACAGGCUAGUGAGGAUUGAGUGCGAUAUACCUCAGUUGGAUCCAUUGUCAUGGAUCAAUAUUAGUCAUUUCCAUUUCCUUAAUUUAAUACCACUCUUUUUGUAGAUUAUAACGAAUUGGAAGAGAUCAAAUUUUGUUUUUGACUUUUUUUCAAUGGAUAGAUAUCUACUCCUUUUUAUAUUUUUUUUUAUUUUUUCUAUACGGUUGCAUUUUUGUUGUCUCUCUUAAUGAGGCUGUUUUGAGAUCUUUUAUUAGGACCUUGUCUUCUUGCUAAAGCCAUACUGUUGCAGUUCUUUUGGCACUUACUUUUACUAUUCACAACGUUUAUAAAGUCCUUUACUUAAUAGCUUUCUCCUUUGUUGAAAUUCACUUUUUGGUUUCUUUUUCUGAAACAGAAGACAUUUUCUUUUCUGCAAAACAGGUGGACUUUCAAUAUUUUGAACUUUGGACUUUGAGGAGCAGUUUGAGAUAAAUUAUCAACUUCCAAGUGUGUGGAUCUUAGAUGGAUGACGGCGGGCAACACGAAAGUGGGAGGUAUAAGCCGGAUUACUACAAAGGGGCACAUACACAAGCAUGGAAUAUGAUGCCCCAUCAUCAAUUCAAGGAACCGCCUAGUAAUGCCUUGAUCAUGAAUAAGAAGAUCAUGGCUAUUCUGGCAGAGAGGGAUGCUGCUAUCCGGGAGCGGAAUGUAGCACUAUCCGAAAAGAAGGAAGCCUUAGUUGCUCGAGAUCAGGCACUGGAGGAGAGAGAUAAAGCCCUUGCUGAGCGUGAUGUUGCCCUGAUAGCCCGUGACAAUGCCUUAGCUGCAUUACAAUACUGUGAAACUUCUGUUAACUAUUCUGUGGGCAGUGGAGUUCAACGUGGAGGAAAGCGUAUGCACCACCCAACAUACCGUCCAAGUGAUAUAACAGAACCCCCUAAUUCAGGGGAUGCACACAUAACCGAUGCCUUCCCUGUAUCAGUCAUUUCUUCUGAAACAGCCAAGCCGCAGCGUACAAAACGAAUGAAAGAUAACAAAGCAGUGAUGUCACAGCCGUCUUAUUCACCGAGAAAAGUGAAGAAAGUGGGUGAGGAUUUGAAUAAGAGAGUUGCUUCUGAAGGGAAGAAAGUAAAGUCUGAGUGGGAGAACCAGGAUACAGGGUUGAAACUGAUCAAUUUUGAUGAACUAACUAUGCCUGUACCAGUGUGCACAUGCACGGGAAGUCCCCAUCAAUGUUACAAAUGGGGAAAUGGUGGUUGGCAGUCAUCUUGCUGUACAACUACCUUGUCAUCAUACCCACUGCCACAGAUGCCAAACAAGCGUCAUGCCCGUGUGGGAGGCCGAAAGAUGAGUGGUAGUGUCUUUACAAAAUUACUUAGCCGACUGGCAGCUGAAGGCAAUGAUCUGUCAGUACCUCUUGAUCUCAAGAAUUACUGGGCCAGACAUGGGACUAAUCGCUACAUUACCAUCAAGUAACGUGCAAAUGAUCCAUCUAAUGGAACCACUGCAGUCUUUCUCCAGACCUUCAUCCCGGUGGAAGGGAAUUUUUGUAAACUACUGUUGUUCUGUAAUAGAUUCUGCAGCCUAGGAUGUAACUCUGUAACCGGUGCCAAUAUCUUUCAAUCAAUCGGCAUAUGCCGCAUGGUGGGUA